AUGCCUCCUAAGAAGAAUACUAGCGCGUCCAAGAAGGCUGCGCCUGCUGCUCACACUUCCUACCGCGAUAUGAUCAAGGAUGCAAUUAUUAGUCUGAAGGAACGCAAUGGUAGCAGUCGUCAGGCUAUCAAGAAAUAUGUUCAGUCUAACAACAAGAUGAACGUCACUUCCCAGAGCGUCUUUGACUCUCAGUUCAAUAAGGCUAUCAAGGCCGGUGUUGAGAAGAAUGAGUUCACUCAGCCCAAGGGCCCAUCUGGCCCCUUGAAGCUUGCGAAGAAGGAAGUCCCUGUCAAGGCUGCUCCUAAGCCUGCUGCGAAGCCUGCUGUGAAGCCCGUUGCUAAGCCUUCUGCUGCCAAGGCUGCCCCUAAGGCUGCUCCUAAGAAGACCGGCGCAAAGACUGCCACAAAGACUGCCGCUCCCAAGAAGCCUGUGGCCAAGAAAUCCACUGCCACCAAGCCCAAGGCUAACUCUGGCAAGGCCCGCAAGACCGCCACCGCCGCACCUGCUGUUGUUGAGCAGCCCAAGAUUCUGGGAAAGACCAAGUCUGGCCGUAUCACCAAGACUACUGCCCCGCAGCCUACGACAACCCGGGCAGCUCCCAAGAAGCGUACCACUAAGAAAUAG